UUUGCUGUUUUGAACGAAGUGACGAGAAAAGUGUUUUACACUAUUUUGCAUUUAUAAGUGCUUGAUUAAUUUUAAAAAAUACAGAGAGAAGUGUAGAAGAACGUCACCAGUUAAUAUGCUUGUGCGACAUAUAUAAAAAGCAGUUAAUUAGCCAGGAAACGAAGGAAGUACUACCUUUUGACUGAGUAAAGCAGCUGGCAAUUUUAUCGUGUGCGAGUGUGAAAAAAAAUAAAAAUUGUUGCAUGAACGCACUUCAUCACGAUAGAAUUGCAUAUCAUAAAUUAUGGCCACAACACAAAACAAAGUUAACCCGUUAACUAGUGGGGAUGAUGUGGCGGAUGUUACGAAAAAUAGCACACAUAUUGGAGCAACGAAACAGUUGUCAAGUGCGUCGGCAUUAAUGACUAAUCCAACGUUGCAUACGCGGUGUUGGGAGACUUGUUACUACUGCCCCUGCGAAGCGUUUAAAACUUCUGCUGAUUUCGUGAAACACUUGCGUGAACGUCACUGCACCCGUGAGGGCGGCUCAUAUGUUUGCCGGUAUGGUUUUAAUGGAGUUUGCCCUUCGCUGCCAUUAGAUGGCGUUUCAGAUCGUGAUUAUGAUGCACAUGUCGCCAAAUAUCAUGUGAAUCAAUUGACACGUGAGUUGCCACCGGAAUGGUCAGUUUUUUCAGCAGCUCAAAAUUUACCUGCCGUACUUAAUGAUCCAUCACGUGGUAAACAAAGUAACCUAUUCACCAAAAAGUGGGGUGACCAUUUCGUUGAGAAAACACAUAUACCGCCAACGCCACGUUUGCCUGAAAUCACCUAUGCAGAUUUUGAUAAGUAUAUAACAAAAAUCGGUAAACGCUACAGACGUCAUGAGCGUAUGUGCGCACAACAGACACCAGCCGCUUUAGCGGAACGCGAAGCGAAAACUCCCACUUCACCGACACACACUGUCAGCCUUAGCGCCAUACCGGAGAUAUUCCUCAAAGAGCAACUGAACUUAAACCAUCCAGCGACUUUUGCGCUAGUAUUUCCCAGCGUCGGUGCCUCCGCUAGCGAAGAGAAUAAACAGACUGGUCGUUUACUGCAAGAGCAAUUAUCACAUUAUUUAGAUAUUGUGGAAGUGAAGAUAGCGCAUCAAGUAUCACAAAAGUCGGCAGCUUUCUUUCAUGCGAUGACCUCACAAGAUGCCAUUAUGGCUGAGAUGAAAGAAGCUGCGCACAAUGUACGUGAAUUGCGUGCCUCGUUGCGCACGCUACACCAAUCGGCUGUGAUUGACUCGUUUCGGGUGAUGCGCUUUGCGCAGCGGAGACAAAACUUUGACGAGAUGUUGGAUAAGCUGAGCCUAAUGGCGACAGUGCAUAAAACACAACCAAUGUUACAACUUUUGCUUGGUACACAAGACUAUGUGGCUGCGUUGGAUCUAAUAGGCACAACACAAGAGAUAUUAACGCAAGAACUCAUUGGUAUACACUGCUUCAAGCAUUUGCCCAUGCAGCUAACCGAAAUGGAGAAAUUAAUUGACAAAAUGCUAACAACAGAAUUUGAGCGUUACGCAACCGCUGACCUCAACCGGCCGCUCUGCGAUGUGCUCAACGAAACUGAAAGCGUAUGCGCGGAAGAAGAUAAAUUGGUGUGUAUCGUAAUGGGUUUGCUGCGUAAAAAGAAUUUCUCGUUUGUCACCUCCUACAAAGACGAAGCAAUAGUGACCAUACGUGCCAUCAUCAAGCAACUUGUUAUUGAGGUGAUCGCUUCCAGCGAUGCAGAGGUGUGCCUAACUGGCGCCGGUGAAGAGGCACAAAGUCUCUCUAUAAGCGAAUGGAUUGCGCUACUUAAAAAGGCUACAGUGGCUUUAUUAACAGUACUGCAACGUAUACGUGCUGUGACUGGUAUAAUGCGGCAAACGACUGAUGCCGCUGCUGGUCGUUGCGGCCCGGCUGCGAGUGGCGCACAGGAAGGUGGCGUCAAUCUGAUAGAUUCUGAAGCAUUUUUAACCGCCGCAGAUCAUGCAAAUGUGACAGAACGUCUGGAUGGUUUGCUAAUAGCAGUAUGCAAUUAUUGUCACGAACGUUGCGUGAACUUGGUGUCGACGCAGAGUUUGGAGCGCGCUGUGGCCACCGCGGAUGAUAUUGAGCAACUGACGGCUAUUGUUAACGAAUUCAGCGCAGGUUGUGAGGAGAUUUGUGGUGCAGCAAGUGUGCCGUUGAAGGUCGCAGCUAAAGUGCAAGCUUCACGUUUCGCUAAUCGUUUUCACGCCGAACAUAAGCAAAAACUCGGUUUACUGCUCGAUUCGGAACGUUGGCGUCAAGUGGACAUACCCAAUGAAUUUCAAAAGAUUAUCGAUCGCAUGGGCGCACAAGACUUCCAGCAGCCCGUUAGUAAAUCCUUCGCUGAGGGUUUGGGCACAACAUUAAAUGGUCACAGCAGCGGUAGCAGCGCCAGGCCACCAGCGAAUCCCGUGCUACUAGUCGAAGGCAAACCAUUUACGCUAGUCAGCGCCGCUCUGCUGUUGGUGCAAAUGCUCAGCGACUACUGCCAUUGCGCCACACGCCUGCCCAUACUUGCUGGCUAUUUGUCACGCAACGUUGUCGACUUGCUGCGCACAUUCAAUUCACGCUCCUGUCAGCUAGUUAUUGGUGCUGGCGCAAUGCGUGUGGCCGGUCUGAAAACAAUCACAAGCACCAAUCUGGCAUUAGUCUCACGUGCACUGCAAUUGGUGCUUUGGCUUUUGCCGAAAAUUAAAGCGCAUUUCGCCAACUACGACGCGAAUGCAGUAUCCGGCUUUGAUUCGAUCGAGAAGGACUUUCACAGUCACAUUAAAGAAAUUGAAAAUAAAAUCUACAGCAUUGUUACGGAACGUGUUUCUGCGCAGCUAGAACAGUGGGAUGCACGACCGCCCAUACCAUCGCAAACGUUCCGCAAUAUAUCGCGCCAUUUGGUGAAGUUGCACGAAGCCAUCGCGCCGAUACUGCCCGAACAGCAGAUACACAGCAUUUACGGUAUUGUGCAUCGCAACUUUAAGGAUAAGUUGAGAGAACAACUUUUGAAAUUGAACAUUAUCAAUAAUGGUGGGCCACAACAUGGUGUGGUGACGUCAGAGCUGACAUUUUAUAUGGAAACAUUGCGUACGCUGAAAGCGCUGCCGCCAAUGGAAUUGAGCGAUGACAUAUUGGAGGCGAUAUGGAGUUUUUAGAACAUUUUUUUGGUCAUGCGUGUGUGGUGAAUUUCUGUACGAGGCCGUUGAAAUGUACACAGCAUGAGGUCAUUACUUUUUUUUUUUGUUGUUGAUUAUAUAUAAGGCAAUUGUAUUAUUUUUAUGAAUAUUUUAAACGAAAUUUUACUACUUCCUAAUUGUUUUCUGUUGAAGCCUAAAAGUUUCACUUUGUGUUUUAAGCAUGAAUCAUUGCCAAAUCCCCUUAGGGGUACAGCAGCGUUGCAUAGGAUGUAAACAUUCAUCGUUGUUGGUAUUAUAAGCAAACAAACAUAUUUCCUGUAGCAGGAUAUGCAUUUUUAGGUGAUGGUGCUGCAUUACAGCCAGCCACAGGCAGCUAUUUAGUUGAAUAUAUUUUUCAAAUAAAGUCGCUAAAACUAUGAAAAAGUAUAUAUUUUUAAGAAAUAAAUUACGAUAUAGUUACACACAUACAGUACGCCUACGAUUUUGAACAAUAAUAAUAAUUAGUAAAAAAAAAAAUAAAAAUAUUUAACUAAAACAAAAUUGUAUUGAUAGUAUUUCCUCCGUAUUUAGGCUUCUAUUAGAAAAAAA